AGCGGCAGUGAGCAGAUUCAGCUGUUGAAUCAACUAACGAACAUGCCGACGGUAUUUCAAGGCAAGCUUUCUGAGAAUCUAAAAUUCGGUCAUAUUUUGGAAAUUUCUGGCCAAGCAGAGGAAAAUGGCUAUUGGUUCUCCAUCUCUUUGGCUGCGGAUAGAUUUACGGAAAGCGAUGAUGAAGUCUUCAUUGGCCUGAGAAUGUCAAUUUACCUGCAGGAGGACCUGAUUGUUUUCAAGCAACGCCAUCAUGGCGAAUGGAAAAACUUAGCCUCUGAAAAUUUUCUCAAUCGGUUAUUUUAUCAGCGAUUUCACAUCAACAUGAUCUUCGAUGAAAAGAAAAUCUACAUUUCCGUAAACAAUCGAAAACUGCUACACCUGCCCCAUGCUGCAAUGCCAAAAGAUUUGAAUACCCUACAAAUAACGGGAGAAUUGAAAACGCUUCGGCAAAUUGAUCAUCGAAAAUAUUUUCCCAUUAUCUGGCCGCCCAUAAGCUAUGUUGAAAGUCGUUUGGAAUUUAGCCACGACAUACCCAGCAGCUUUCAGCCGGGUCAUGUUAUGGCCGUAACACUGAAAUUGUCGGGUAAUCGCAAUGGGCGUUUUCAUCUGCACUUCUGCAAUAUCCACAACAGUAAACGCCAGGAAAUACACAUCAGUGUACGUUUCGAUACCCGGAAAAUUGUGCGCACCUCCAAGUUGCCCGUACAGUAUGUGAACGGAGAAGAGGAUUUGGAACAAUUAGAGUAUGGCAUAGAAGAAAUCCAUGGCGAUUUUCCCUUUGAUCGUUUUCCAGCCAUUACUAAAUUUGCCUUUGGCUUUACUCCCACCUCCUUGCUGCUGGCCAAAGAUGGCCGUUUUCUUUUCGACUACCAUUUUAGAACUCUCAAUGUCUUGCCACAACUUUCGGGUCUUAAAGUGUUAAGUCUUUAUGGCAUGAAAGUUCAUGUUAAGGACAUUGAACACUUUAAAAUGUCUGACACACAAUGUGGAGGAUUUGAAGUCUAUUCAAGAUAAUGAUUGGAAAAAUUAAUAAAAAGAAUUAC